AUGUAUUUCAGUAUUAGGGAGGAUGCGGUUGGCAAACCCGGUCUCACGCCCUUACAGAAGUGCACUGUUGCAAUCAGGCAACUGGCGUACGGAGGCGCGGCCGACAUGUUCGACGAGUACCUUCACAUUGGCGAGUCGACAGCCGUCGAGUGCCUGCAGAAUUUUUGCGCGGGCGUUAGAGCGAUAUUCGGGGAGGUUUAUCUUUGGAGUCCGAGCCCCGAAGACUGCCAGAGGCUGAUAGAUAUGCAUGGGUAUGUGCACGGGUUCCCUGGGAUGUUGGGCAGCAUAGAAUUCACCGGGUCGAACAACGAUAUCAACGUUCUCCAGUCGUCGCCCCUGUUCAACGAUCAGUGCAAUGGCGUUGGUCCCGCCAUCAGUUUCGUCGCCAACGGCAACCAGCACAAUAUGGGAUAUUAUUUGGCGGAUGGGAGAUACCCAAACUGGCCCGUCUUUGUGAAGACGAUCAAGCAUCCGCUCGGACAAAAGAAGACAUACUUUGCGAGCCGUCAGGAGGCAGCGCAAGGAUGUGGAGCAGAAAAGGAAGCUGCGGAACUGACUCAGUGGACCAAUAAAAAUGAUACGGGUGCCGGUCCAAGCCACGACGUGGCCACCGCGAAUGUAAAUAUGGGGGUACCUCAUGGAGAGGUCGAGCGGAUGCGCGCAUUUACCGACAUGCGGCAAACAGAUGCCCAUGUUCGACUUCAGCACGAUAUCAUCGAAGAGGUUUGGACGCGAAGGGGUGGACGUUGA